AACGAUUUCGCGCCCCUCAAAGUCCUCGGCGUCGGCGGCUUCGGCACCGUGCUCCUCGCGCGGAAGCGCGGCGGCUUCGGCGAGGGCCGGCUCUACGCCGUCAAGGUCAUGAAGAAGGCGACCUACAAGGGCCGGCUCACGUCGCACGCGUUCCUCGAGAGGGACGUCAUGCUCGUCGCGCGCCACCCGUUCCUCGUGCGGUUGCGCUUCGCCUUCCACAACGGGCGCCACUUGUACCUCGUGACGGACUACUUCGCCGGCGGGAGCCUCGAGGCGUCGCUGAAGCGCGAGCCCGGGGGGCUGGGCGCCGCGGCCGCGCGGUUCGUCGUCGCGGAGCUCGCUUUAGGCCUCGACUACCUCCACGCGCGCGACGUGCUCCACCGCGACAUCAAGGCGGCGAACGUGCUGCUGGACGCCGCGGGCCACGCGAGCUUGUGCGACUUUGGGCUCGCGAAGUGCGUCGAGGACGGCGCGGGGGCGAAGAAGGGCGGGGAACGGAAGAAGUCGUUCGCGGGGACGGUGGAGUACAUGGCGCCGGAGCUCCUGCGCAAGGGCGGCGAGGCGCCGGCGCCGGCGCUCGACUGGUGGGCGUUGGGCGUGUUGUUGGUGGAGACGGUCCAGGGCGCGACGCCCUUCGGGGCGGCGACGCCGCGCGAGCUCAUGCUCAACAUCGUCCGCGAGCCGCCGCAUUUGCACCCGGGGGCCGACGCGGAGCCCCACCUGCGGUCCUCGGCGGAGAAGCUCCUCCACAAGGACCCGGCGAAGCGCUUGGUGUCCGCCAGGGCGCUCGCGGAGCGCCGCUUCUUCGCGCCGCUCGACUUCGGCGCCGUCGCGCGGAAGGCCGCGGAGCCGCCGUUCCGCCCGCGGACGACG